AUGUCUCCUUUGCGUCCUCCAGCUCGGUCCGCCUUCGUCCUCCUACUCGUUCUGCUCUCGCUCAUUGGCUUUUCAUACGCUGAGGAGGAAAAAUGGGUGGCCGCCUAUGUAGACGGGAAACAAGUCCGUGUCAGGGACAGCAGGCGACCGGCCUUGUACACCAGUGAUUUCGGUGACUGCAUGGGCAGUAGCAGCUUGAAAGUUACCCGGUUCGAUGCAGCCUUCUACAAGGAUAAUAUGACGGUGCUGUUUCACCUGGAAGGAGAAACUGCACUGAAGAAUGAGUCAAUCAUGAUGUACAUCGGUGUAUAUGCUUACGGAGAGAGUCGAUUCGAUCUUACCUUCAAUCCCUGCAAUGCGAACAUCUGGAGUGCCUGCCCCGUGCAAGCUGGCACACCCAUUGAGGCGAACGGCGUCAUUCCAAUCAACCAACAAGAUAUUGCUGGCAUACCCGAUCUCGCGCUGAGUAUUCCCGAUUUCGAAGGCGAGGCCAUACUGCGCAUCUUUUCCAAUUCCACACAAUCCCCGAUUGGCUGCUUCUCCGCUGCCGUCACGAAUAGUGCCACCUUCUCCCAGCCGGCCUCGGUGGGUAGUGUGCUGGGCAUAUUCACCGUCAUCGCACCGGUGUGCUCCUUCGCCACCACCAUCUACGGCAACGAUGUUCCUGAGAUGCGCAAGCAUUAUGCUCACUCCAUGUCCGUUUUGGUGGUUUUCGCCGUCUGGCAUCACAUCUUCUACAGUGGCGCACUUUCCAUGAAUUGGCCAAGAGUCCUCGUUGCCUUUUGGAGCAAUUACGCUUGGGCAGGAGGCAUGAUCUAUACCGAAAGCAUGCAAAACACCAUCAACAAGUUUAUCGGUAGCAACAAGGGCAACACGAGUGCCGUUGGUGCCGCUGGAACCGGCGAACCGAGCCCCGACCUUGGCGGCGGCUACGACAUCCACCAGAUCUACAAGCGCGAAAGGUUUCCGAAGGCUUUGAAUGCAUCGGGACUCAUGAAGUGGAGCAAGAAUAACCGUGUUUCUCGUCAUUUGGAGAAUCUUCUCGCAAAGAGAGAGAUGGCUGACCGUAAUAAUGGCGGAUAUCCUUGGUAUGGAGAACCUGUUAAGCCUGGCCUUCCUUUGCCGGGAAACUUUAGUGGUUUCGCGGGCACCCUGGCGCAGCAGAGAAUUCCGGCGUCCAAUGCUUUCAUGACCGGAUUGCUCUGGUUCCUCAUUCUGAUCGGGGGUGUGACCUUCGCCAUUCUCACCUUCAAGCUGCUUCUGGAGAUGGUAAGCAAGAUGGGUCUGAUCAAGAAGGAUCGGCUAUCUUUCUUCCGGGCGCACUACUUGAGAUACAUCACCUUUGCCGUCCUCCGCAUCAUGUUCAUUGGUUUCUUCAUGAUGGUUUUCCUUUCGCUGUUCCAGUUCACCUAUCUGGCGUCCCCGGCUCCCGUUGCGGUCGCAUGCGUCAUAUUCCUGAUUAUGCUACUGGGGUUGGGUGGAUUAGCGGGCUAUGCUUGCAUGUAUCGCCUCAAGUUUGGCAAGUACUCCAUGGAACCCGACCGGCUCAACUUCGAGAAGAGAAAGAUCCUGAAGGUCAUCCCUUGGUUCGGUCUCUCUAGGAGCAGCAGCACCGGACCCUCCGAGGGCAUAACGUACUUAGGGUCUGUUCCAUGGUGGCGAGUACGGUCUGCUUCCGAGACAAAGUCGAUUCAUGAUGACGAGGACUACACUCUGAAGUUUGGGUGGCUGGUUUCGCGGUUCCGCCGAACCAGAUGGUGGUUCUUCGUUGCCUGGCUGGUCUACGAAUUUAUUCGUGCCUGCUUCCUUGGUGGUGCCUCUGGCAAACCUAAGGUGCAGGUCUUCGGUCUCCUUGCAGUUGAGUUCAUCGCAUUCAUUGGAGUCAUCGUACUGCGCCCCUUCGAAGGCCAGCGAUUGAACAUGAUUGUGGUCUAUGCGCUCGGAUUCAGCAAAGUAACCACUGUGGCACUCUCUGCCGCAUUCGACGUCAGCUUCAAUCUCCCCAGGAUACCUGCCACGGCCAUUGGUAUUGUCAUCGUCGUCAUUCAGGGGAUCCUCACCAUCAUUGUCAUGGUUGCCAUCAUCAUUGGCGCCAUAUCGACAUACUUCUCACUAACCCGCAACCGCGAGCAGAUCAAGCCGAGGAGGUGGAAUCCAAUCCGGGAGAAGUACUUUCAGCACAUUGAUAAUAAGGUGCAUGACGUAGCGCCGCCGCCUCCCCCGGCUUCAGAGGAACCUAAGGGACCGUGUUUCAGCGUCAACUCGAUCAAGCGACUGGCGAAGAUCGAGGACGAAGACCCUGAGUUCGUUGCUGAGAUCAAUGGCGAAGCUGACCUCGGCAUGGUUGGCGACCCGGCAACGUCCCACUUAUCACUGUCGUCCCAGAGAAAUGAGAUGGGCGCAAUCCCGCGCACUCGGAGCCGAGCUGGCAGCGUACAGUCGCAGAUGUCACAUUCCAACCUCCCGUAUGGGGCCCGGGUCCAUCGCGCCAGCUGGAGUACGCGUGAUUUUAGCAGUGAGCUUCACGGAUCGUAUACACCUGAACGGCGGCGGUCCCGGGGCAACUCUCUCGUAACUCCCAAUACCGACAGCCGACCGGCUAGUCGGCCCCUGAAGGAGCUCGAUGCCCGAAUGAUGGGGAGCUCAGGGAAUGUCGCCGGAGCCUCGGAGAACGACAUCCCACUGCCCGGUGUUACGCCGCGGGCCAUGUCUCCUGUGGGCGCGAAUAUUACUUCGCAUAGACGUACGAGGAGUGGGAGUGUGAGGGGAGCGUAUCCUCCUCUGCAGAGAGUUAUGAGUGAGGAUGAGGUCCUGCCACUGCCUAACUCUGGAAGAACUAGUCGAGGGAAUCUGGAAAGGGAGGGAGAGGGAGUGUGA